AUCAGGCAGUCAGCAUACUCGUACGUGUGCUAUACUCCAAAUUUCACGGAAGCCACUGGCUCGGGUAUGGAGAGUGUUGGAGUUUCCCAUCGCUUUGCUCACUUCACCUUGUCGUCGCCGAGAGAUGAACGUGAGCAGGGGCCGCGAAGGUAUUGCAACACCUCCCUCCACCCCUACUUAAGCUGGCUCUUCCGCCAUGAGCACCCAUCUCAUCCAUACAACACUCUACGUCCACAAUGUCUGCUGCACCCACCCACUUCGCAGUCCCUACAAGCUCAGCUGCCCCUGCUAUAUCCGCCGCACCCACCGCCAUCGAAAGACCUACUAUGAAUUCCUCAACCUGGAACAGUGUCGCCAUCGACUUCCGUCCUAGCGACCCCGUCGGCAAAGGCAAAGGCAUUAUCCGCCAUGAUAAGCAAAGCUAUGGAUUCAAAGGCAAGCAGCCUGCGCAAGACUCACCCACCACCCAAAACAACACUACCGCCUCCGACCCGAACGGCCACAAUGAUCCUGUCGCUGUCGUGUCUGACCAGCCUCUGAGUGAAGAAGCACAGGCAAAGCUUAUCUUCCAACAAUUGAUGGCUGGAGGCGAAAAGCAAAAGGCCAUCACUGGCAAGCACAGGACCCUCGCUGAUGAGGAUCCCGAGGCCUCCAAGAAGAUGCACGAGGAGUAUGCUCAUUGGAACGCUCGUCGUGGUGUUUGAGCACCGUGCCACCGCAGUUCAAGAUAUCGCAGGAUGAUUCAAGCCGACAUGAAGGAAUAAUCACAACAUUCGCGAUCAAGAAGUGAAAAAAGAGAGAGGGGUCCGCCAUACAUGUAGAAUUAGUACACCAUUCAUCAACUUCACUCUUUGAAUACU